AAAUUCUAAUAGGCGUAAGCGUGUUUAAAAGGCGGCACGAUCAAGCAAAUUCAUCAUUUCUUCUUCAUAUUUCAAAAAAAAUUUCUGCUUAAACGGAGAAAAAAUGAAUUGGGUUCAACGGAAAAUUUAUCUCUACAAUGUCACUUUUGGUUUGUACAUGCUCGACUGGUGGGAACGUUGUCUCUUCAAUAUUUUGGUGCUUGUGUUGCUAUGGUUUAUGUGUUACAACGGGUUUCGAUUUGCUUCUGAGCUCUUCAAUAGCUAUCACAAAUUCAUGUAUGUUUUGUUCAUAAGUUUGAUGGUGGAGAUUGGAUGUAGAAAAGGAGUGCAACUGGGAUUAGUAAAUCAUUAAAGUUAACUGAUGGUCGAUUUGAAUUUUUAUUCUUUGUUUUAAAAAUAGAUUAUAGUGAUUUUGUACUAUAUGGUCGAAUCUCAAUGAAUGUAGUGGAAGGAUUGUAAAAAGAUGCAUUCUUAUUUGAUAGGUUUAGAGGAUUCUGUGGAUUGUAAAAAGAUGCAUUUUUUCUGUUCUGAUCACCUAACUAAGAAUCUUAAGAGGUAACACCAGGUUCUAGUAGUGAUUUUGGUUCAGACAGAUGGAUAAUUGUUCUCACGGAAGUUGUGAUGAAAAAAUAAAAACCUUUGAAGAAGCAUUGAAUGCACCCAACGGUGUGGUGUAGUGGUCAACAAAGUGAGGAGAAUUAUAUGGUCUUAGGUUCAAAUCCCAAGUGAAAUACUACUGAAUCCAAAGGGAUUUAGCUGGAAAAAAUAGGCAAGCUAAAGUUGCAAAAUCAUGACAUCUGAAUGAACCCAAUUCAUGAAUACUCCAUUUGGCAAUCUGUUGUUCUUCAAAUUUAUGUCAAUUCUCCGUUGACCACCAUUGUCUAUAAAGCUACACCAAGUUCUGAUAUUUCUCUUGUUUCCUGAUUUAGUUGAUAUGAUUUAAGAUAGAUUCAAGUUAUUUUGUAGUAAUUUUAAUUAGUAGUACCUUGUUAAUAGAUGCAGAUUAUUUUUGUAGUAACCUUUCAUGAGGGGCCUAACUUUCUUCUUUGAUGAAGUAAGUUGUUGCAUUUCUGGCAUCAAGAAGAUGCAAUGGUUGCAAAAGAAGUAAUGUUAGCUCCAAUACAUUUGUCUAUGCUAGGACAGGGAACUAACAAAAAACAAACAAGAAGGGACAGUGUCUGGACAAAAAAAAGUGAGACUAUGCUAAAAUGUAAUGAAGCUGUUAGCUCUAAAUACCAAAAAAACUAAUCUAUGUGUAGGGAGCUAACAAAGUCCAGAAACUAUUCAGGGAAAUCUACAGGGGAAAGUUUACUUUAACUAAAGAGAAGUAGGAUACAUUUUGCCUUGAGAGAGUGAUUUGGAGUUGAUAUCACACCAUUAAAACAUCUGUGAUUCCUUUAUCUAUGCUAUCCAAAAAAUGCUGUCUGGUAUUAUAGUCCAGACUUUCCUGAUGGCUUUAUCAACUUUUCAUGAGCUCCAACAUUCACCUGCUUACUUCAGAUUUUGUGGCACCACUCAUUUAAGUCCAAAAAUAGAAUAAAACAUAUUUCAAAUGUCAUUUGCAACUGUACAGUGGAGCAGUGAGUGAUUGACUCUACUGAUUUUUGGGCAUGUUGCAUCUAGUUGUAAUUUGAAAGUUUCUUAUGACGAGGUUGUCCUGGGUCUAGCAUGCUCCAUGUUAUUCCUAGCCAGUUGUAGCAAAUUAUCUUCAUUGGUAACUUUGUCCUCCAAAUCAGCUUCCAAAUACCAUUGUGGGAACAAUAAUGACUGUAACCUUUUCUAGCUGUGACUAUUCCUUCUUUUGUAUGAUCCCAUUUUAGACUAUCUGGAUUCUGAUGCAUCACUAAUCAUUGAGUUGUCCAAUCUUGUUAGGAGACCUAGGAGAUCUUCUCCGUCAUUGAUAUUCGUUCUACAUAUAAUGUUCCAGCUUUCCCAUCGCUAAUGAUAAAUGGAUAAGUUAGUAUCACAAAAAAAAAUGGAAUUGUCGGAGGAAUUAUUUCAUUAGAACAGAGUUGCUUAGCCACUUAUUUUUAUAGAAACUAAUAUUAGAAUUUCCAACUGAGAAAGAUUAUUCUGUAAAAAUUCCUCCCAUAGUUUGCUAAUAGUUUUCCGUAGACAUACCCCUGGAGGUGUUCUUUAAACUUUGGUGCACCAAUUUCCAUGCUUUGCUUUAACAACUAUCUUUUUUUUAAAAAACUGGUAAUGUUAUAUUCCUCAGCAUUAAGGUAUGCUGGAGAGCUCCAAAAAGGUAGCAACAAGCCGGGUAAUGUUGCUUUAACCACUUUCUUCCAGAGACAUCCUGGCUUUACCUCCAUAGCAUGUCAAUGUCAUGCAUUUGUCAUGAAUGGCUGGGUCUCUUAUUCCCAGACCCUCUUGAGAUAUUGGUUGAGUGACUUUGGUCCAUUUAACUGAAGUGAACUUUAUGAAAACUAUUAUUACCAACCCCGAGAAAAUUCCUCCUAAUCUUGUCUAGUUGCUUGAGAACCUUACCUGGUAUAGGAAUGAGACAUGUAGUAAGUAGGGAUGCUUUCCACAGAACACUGUUGACUAGUGUAACUCUACCUUCCGCAGAGAUACUGCAUUUUCCACGGUGCAAGCCUUUUCUCCAAGUUUCAUACUCUAUCCAAAUUCCAACAGCUCUGAAUUUAGUAAUGGAAGCCCCAACUAUAGGUAGUUGGGAAAAUACAAUUACUGUAGUACAAAAGAUCUAUCAGUUAAGUCAAGUUUGACUCUGAAUUAAGCGGAUACCUCACACUCUUCAACAUGUUAAGGUGAAGAUCUGAUGAAGCUUCAAAUAUUAAGAGCGUGAGUUCAAGUUUACGAACUUGGGUUAACUCUACUUGAAAAAAAAUCGAAGUACAUCAGCCUAGAGUAAGUAGCACUGAUUGAGUUCUUAGAAGCCCAAUCUCAAACCUUUUAACUAACUCAUUUGAACAAAUUUAUCCUACAUUAUUUUUAUAUCCCUCGAUAGCCAAGAUGAAGAGGAAAGUGAGAAGGGUCCCUCUGUCUAAGACCCUUGAAAUCCUGCUGGAGAACUGGUAAUUUACACUGAGAACUUGACUAUGUUGAUGCUGAACUUGAUCCAUCUAACACACCUAUCACCAUACCUGAUUUCCCUUAGCAUAGAGAUAAGAUGUGACUAAUUUAGUUGAUGAAAAGCUUUCUCUAUAUCCAGUUUGUGAAAAAUACAUGCCUCCCACUUUUUAGUUUCCAAUGAAGAACUUCAUAGCAAUUAAAGCUGUAUCAGCAAUUUACCUGCCUUAAAUGAAAGCAUCAGUAAGGGGCCUAACUUUCUUUAACACACUGUACCUGGAGAUAAGAAUCUUUUGAUUGUUUUUGUUAUUCCAGUGGCAAAGUUCGAACCUUUUGAUUAUUUUAAGUGAUUUUUGAAGAAAGAAGCUAAGGUGGUGUAACACAGUUGAGCCUGGAAAUAUGGUUGAAUAAAUAUAACUGAAGCAGUCGAAUUGUUAAAUAAAAUUUAGUUUGAAAAAUAACGUUGGUUUUUAGUCUUGUUUGCUUGGACAUGUGACCUAUGUUAUUGAGAUGAAUCUUAAUUUGCUUCAAA